AUAAUCUCGACGCAAGUCCAUUUUUUAAGAAAAUUUUUUAUAGUGAUCUACAACGUGAGCAAUUCAAACAUUGAGUGACCUGCGAUGUACGGCCACGUCGACAACUUUGCUUGAGCAAUAAAAUAGCCGGAAGGGAUAUAGAAGAGGCGCAACGUAUAGGGUCGUCGGCAGUGUGCGGACAGUUGAACACGCGUUCUCUUAAUCGCUAUAACUGGUGUGAAGUUGUAAGAGUAGUCGUAUUCUUUUGUAUCAUAGCUAUGCAGCUGCUCACGUGGCGUUGCUGAUCGCAAUAAUUUUUUUGUAUUGAGAAUUACUUAGAUUUUUUCCAUUACAAGAAGUUCGUUUCAAGCAUCUAGAAAACAGAUCUCAUACAUUAAUACUCAAACUCAUUUGGCCUCAGCUUAUUAUUAACUAUGGCCAUUAAAUUUCUUGAGGUUAUUAAACCGUUCUGCAGCAUUUUACCAGAGAUAGCAAAACCGCAACGCAAGAUCCAGUUCAGAGAAAAAGUACUAUGGACAGCAAUCACUUUAUUUAUUUUUUUAGUAUGCUGUCAAAUUCCUCUAUUUGGUAUCAUGUCUUCAGACAGUGCAGAUCCUUUCUACUGGAUUCGAGUAAUUCUCGCAUCUAACAGAGGAACUUUGAUGGAACUUGGCAUCUCUCCAAUUGUAACAUCUGGCCUUAUUAUGCAACUGCUGGCUGGAGUCAAAAUUAUAGAAGUUGGUGACACAGCAAAAGAUAGAGCCUUAUUUAAUGGAGCACAAAAAUUAUUUGGAAUGGUUAUUACUGUUGGCCAAGCUAUUGUCUAUGUUAUGACUGGAAUGUAUGGAGAUCCAGCUGAAAUAGGGGCUGGAGUCUGUUUACUAAUAAUUAUUCAGUUAUUUGUUGCUGGACUCAUUGUUUUACUUUUGGAUGAAUUACUCCAAAAAGGAUAUGGUUUAGGAAGUGGAAUUUCCUUAUUUAUUGCUACAAACAUUUGUGAAACUAUUGUUUGGAAAGCAUUUUCUCCAGCUACUGUUAAUACUGGACGUGGAACUGAAUUUGAAGGUGCAGUAAUUGCCUUAUUUCAUCUCAUAGCUACCAGACAAGACAAAGUCCGAGCUCUCAGAGAGGCUUUCUAUCGUCAGAAUUUGCCAAAUUUAAUGAAUCUUUUAGCAACCAUCUUAGUAUUUGCUAUAGUAAUUUAUUUCCAGGGUUUCCGAGUGGAUCUCCCUAUAAAAUCGGCUAGAUAUCGUGGACAGCAAAGUAGUUAUCCUAUUAAACUUUUUUACACCAGCAACAUUCCAAUAAUUCUUCAGUCUGCUCUAGUGUCAAAUUUAUAUGUUAUCUCUCAAAUGUUGGCUGUGAAAUUCCAUGGUAAUAUUAUUGUGAAUUUGCUUGGUGUAUGGUCAGACAUAGGGGGGGGAGGUCCUGCUCGAUCUUACCCUGUUGGUGGACUAUGUUAUUAUCUUUCUCCACCAGAGUCCAUUGGCCAUAUUGUUCAAGAUCCUGUUCAUGCCAUACUUUACAUUCUGUUUAUGCUGGGUUCUUGUGCAUUCUUUUCCAAGAGUUGGAUCGAAAUAUCUGGAAGUUCAGCCAAAGAUGUUGCUAAACAAUUGAAGGAUUCUCAAAUGGUUAUGCAAGGUCAUCGUGAAAGAUCACUAAUACAUGAGUUAAAUCGUUACAUUCCGACAGCAGCGGCUUUUGGUGGUCUUUGUAUUGGUGCUCUUUCAGUAUUAGCAGACUUUCUGGGUGCAAUUGGUUCUGGAACCGGUAUUUUACUUGCUGUUACAAUUAUUUAUCAAUAUUUUGAAAUUUUUGUAAAAGAACAAAGUGAAAUGGGUGGCAUGAGUACAUUACUCUUUUAAGAAAAUUAUAAUUGAAAAAAAUAAAUAAAUUUUCGAUUCAUAUACAGUUUA